AACAAGAUUAUUACUUCAAUCAAUCAAUGAUGACCUGUCUAAACAGCAAAAACAAACAAAUCGAAUGGCUGAAUAUCCUGGAGAUAUUAUGUUGGGUGCUGUAUUCCCUAUCCAUCAACAUGAUACAACAAAUUAUUCAUGUGGAAUUUUGCAGACCGAAGGUAUUCAACAAUUGGAAGCAAUGAUUUAUGUUCUGGAUCGAAUCAAUAAUGAUCCUAAUAUAUUACCUGGAAUACGUUUGGGAGCAUUGGCUGUUGAUUCAUGUGAUUCACCACAUCAUGCCUUGGAACAGACUAUUGAUUUUAUAAAGAGUUUUGUGGCUCGUUCAAAUCGUCGCCUCAUUCGACCGGAAUUUCAUUGCCAAGAUCAAACGGCAGCUUUGUACAAAAAUGGUGAAUUAGAUCGUAUUGUUGGUAUAAUUGGUGGUCAAUCAAGUGAAGUAUCGUUACAAUUAGCGAAUUUAUUACGGCUUUUCCAUAUACCACAAGUAUCGUAUAUGUCAACCAGUUCAACAUUGUCGGAUGAGAGACUUUAUCAAUAUUUUUUGCGUACUGUACCUUCGGAUACAAAUCAAGUGGAUGCCAUUAUCGAUAUACUGAGAAAAUUCAAUUGGACAUACGUAUCAGUUGUUUAUUCGGAUACAGAAUAUGGCAAUAAUGGCUAUGAUCUAUUGACAACAGCAGCUGCACGUUAUAAUAUAUGUCUAUCAUCACCACAGGCAAUCAAUGUUGAACGUUUUCGACAAAUCGAUUAUGAUAAUUUGAUAACAACAUUGAUGCAUAAAAUAAAUGCUAGAGUGGUUAUUGUUUACACGGAUUCACAUGUAGCCAGAAAAAUAAUGAAAGCAGCAAAACGUCGUUUGAAUAAAAAUGGUGGCCGUUUAGAUCGUUUUAUUUGGAUUGCAUCAGAUGCUUGGUGUUGUCGUGAUUUUGUUGUACAUGGCCUUGAACCGGUGGUCGAAGGAACCAUUUCUGUGACACCAUUACAUUAUCCACUAAAUGGUUUUGCCGAUUAUUUUCGUUCAUUACGUCCAGACUAUCCACCCGAACGUGAUCAAUUGAAUCCAUGGUUUCGAGAAUUCUGGGAACGUCAUUUCAGAUGUAAGCUAAUGAUUGAUGAAUCAUCGGAUAAUAUAAAUGGUGAUGGUGGUACGACAACAUCUUCAACGGAUUCAGAAUCAGAAUCAAAAGAAUCGCCCGAAAUGGUCUUCUGUAAUCAAUCGUUAAAGUUAGAUGUAACUAAACAUCAACAUCAUCAACACCUUCAACAAUCACCAUCAUUACAUUUUGUCCGUGAUGCAUUCUAUUCAUUUGCAAUGACAUUGAAUCAAAUUCAUCAGAAAGUUUGUAAUGGUACAGCUGGAUUAUGUGAUGAGAUGAAAGAGUUGAUCAUCAGUGGUGAAUAUAUAAUUGAACAACUAAGAAAAGUACAAUUUCGAGAUGAAGGAGGACGGUUAUUUCGUUUUCAAAAAAAUGGUGAUGCACCACCUCGUUAUACAAUUGUCAAUUUUCAACGUCUUUCUAAUGGCACAUAUCAAUGGCGUCCAGUUGGAAACUAUAUGAUUAGCGAAAAUGACAAUAGAGCACGAUUGAAAUUAGAAAUGGAAUUAUUGCAAUUCAAGCAUGAUAUGAAUCGAUUUCCAGAAUCAUUUUGUUCAGAACCAUGUUCAAAGGGUCAGGCAAAACUUCAGCUUGAAGGUGAUACAUGUUGUUGGCUAUGUACGAAUUGUUCGCAAUAUCAAUAUUUAUUGGAUGAAUUUCAUUGUGAAGAAUGUCCAUUGGGAACGUUACCGGAUGUGAAUAAAACGAAAUGUCAUUUAGUUCCCACCAUUUAUCUUAGUUGGACCGAAUGGUGGACCAUAUCAUCGAUUAUAUUUGCCAUUGCUGGCAUGUUAGCUACCAUAGGCACGUGGAUUGUCUUUUUCUAUUAUGCUGAAACGCCAAUCAUGAAAGCUAGUGGCCGUGAAUUAAGUAAUCUACAUUUGGCUGGUAUAUUUCUUUCAUUUGCCGUUACCUUUGUAAUAUUGGCCAAACCUACACCAUUAACAUGCGGAUUGACUCGAUUUUUUCUUGGAUUUUGUUAUACCAUAUGCUAUGCGGCCAUAGUUACCAAAACAAAUCGUAUUAGCCGCAUAUUCACACAUCGUAGUUGUCAACGGCCCAAAUUUACCUCACCACAAUCACAAUUGGUUAUCACUUCUUUACUGAUAUCAGUGCAGAUACUAAUCAACAUAUUCUGGUUCUUUCAUACACCACCUGAUACAAAAUUAGUAUAUUCUAAUCGCGAGAUUGCAUUGCUCAUCUGUAGCGGAUCUGAUCAUCUUAACUAUUUGAUUAGUCUUAUUUAUCCAUUCAUAUUGAUCGGUUUUUGUACGGUUUAUGCAUUUAAGACACGAAAAUGUCCGGAAGGUUUUAACGAAGCACGAUAUAUAACAUUCACCAAUUAUACAACAUGUGUCGUUUGGUUUGCAUUCCUGCCGUUAUAUGUGAUGCUUUCGAUAACCACUCCAUUACGGGCUAUUACUUUAUCAUCAUUGUUGAGUGUGUCUGGUGCCGUACAAUUAUGCUGCCUAUUCGUGCCUAAGAUGUAUAUUGCAUUGCUAAAACCUGAAAAAAAUACACGUGAAACGGUCAUGUGCGGCGGACAUCGAUCUUUGGUGUUCAAUAUGCCAGUAGCUCAUCAUCAUCGUCGUUAUCAUCAUCAUCAUUAUCAUCAUCAUAACCAUCAUCAUCGAAGUAAUAGUCAUGAAAUGCACAAACAGUGGCAUCAUUCUACAAGGCCAAGUGCAGCUAGUACCGAUGGUCAAAUAAUCACGGCAAUGGUCACUGAAACAAAUGAUAAUGAUAAAAACAAUAACUAUGUUGGAAGCAAUAUCAAUAAUAAUGUAGCCAAUGGUAAUUCGAUCAAAAAUCCAUCAACAAUAUCAAAUACUUCAAUGAUGAUGAUGAUGAUGGCUAAUGAUGAAACAUCAGCAACGAUUGUUAAAAAUGGUGAUUGUAAUAGCAGUGGAAAUUGUAAUGAUAAACAAAUCAUUAUGAUUGAACCAUAUUCAACAUCAUCCGAUAUUGAUACGACAACUACCGCAUUGACUGCAACAUCCCUAAAAUCGAUGAAUAUAACUUUCUCGAAUAACAAUAAUAAUCAAACACUUAAAUUAAAUAAUUCUCGGUUGAAAAGUGGCAGUAUUGUAUCGAUGCCAGAUAAAUUAUCCAUUCCUGAAGAAGAACAAAAUGAUUGUAAUGAUGGAAAUAUCGAAAAUUCGGUAAUUUCCAAAAAUCCAAUAUUCAUUUCCGAUGAACAACAACAUUUUAAUCAACGUUCACAAUCAGCUUGUGCCGCAGUCAUUGCCAAUGGGCAAACUAAAGAUAAUGAAUUCCAUAGUUCAUUAUCAUCAUCGCCAUCAUCCACUUCAUCUUCAUCAUCUAAUAAUCGAUCCAAUUCAUCAUCAAUGUCGCUGAUAUUUUCACCACCACCAACUCAAUCAUCGCCAUUGAAUAAUGGUUUAAUUAAGAUCAAAAAGCAUAAUACAAAAGCAGUUUUGAAAAAUGGGCAUCAAUGUUGGCCGUCAAUUAAAUUGGAUGGCAAUUCAUCAUCUCCAACAUCCACAAUAAAUGAUUCAGCACAUCAUUCACAUACUCAAACAACUAUAGCAGAUGAUAUUGAAUAACAAUAUCAUCAUCAUCAUCAUCAUAAUAGAAAUCGAAUAAUACACCUAGCACAUUUUCAACAGUAGGACAUUUUUUCUCCUGGAUCAUUCCAAUACCAAUGUGAAAAGGGAUUGUUAGCUUUGAUUAACUGGUGCUUUUCACCAAUUUACAAUCAAUGAUAAUGAUAACCAAUCAAUUUUUUUCUCCAUUGAUUUGUUUUCUAAGUUAUUUAUUUUUAUACUUAAUGAUCGUUACUCUUAUUGAUAUUGUUUUCUUACUUUUUUUUAUUAUUUUUAAAAAAAGAAACAAAAAUGAAAAAUUUCGUUUCCUAUAGACGCUGCUAACUUCAAUAAUAAUAAUA